AAUUAACCAGCUGCUCUGGGGUUGCUACACAGGCUYACCUCCUGCAGCACCAACUGUACUUCAGACCUUUGAACGCAAACAAAUGCACAAACAUUCGACUUCUAAACAUGURGAAAUCUACAUCGCUGUUUAGAAGAUCAGACGAAAGACUGGCCAGUAGCUGAACAGAGAUGAACAAAGCUCCUCUGCCUGCAGUGAUCCCAGUAGGCAGCGGGAGGACGCUGACUAGAGCAGAGUUUUUGUCACUUUUGAACACCUACAACUGCUACCUGAAGGACCAGACYCAGCUGCAUCUCACCUAUUCUCAGGGGCAUGGUGGACAGGUGAUAGUGGAGGGCUUUCUGAACAUCUCCUGGGGAGUACGACGACCAAUCAGGCUGAAGAUACAGGAUGAGAAACAGAUCCUUCCCCUUGAGUCUCCAACUACAGUUGAUACCACCAAUCAAAACAGCAAAAGUACGAUGUCACGAUGGGAAGAAUACAAUGAGGUUCACCAGAUAAAAAAGCCAGAGGCAACACAAGAAGCAAUCUUCACACAUCCUUUACCAGAUCCYGUCAGCCCAAUCAGCCCUCUGGGGAGCAAAAGUACUAUGUCACGAUGGGGAGAAUACAGUGAGCUUCACCAGAUAGAUGAGAUGGCAGAGACAGAGGCAGCACAGGAAACAGUCGUCAAAGAUCCUUUGCCAGGGCCUCCUGUUUAUGAGACUGCCACCCUGCGUCCCAUGAGGCACAGGAGCCCUGAGCUGGAGCCAGAGUCCAACCUUGUUCGCUGUAUGAGCGAUGUCUCGUUGGUGAAGAGGAGGAAGGGCAGGGGCAAGUCAGCAGCACAAAGAGAGAAAGAAAAACAGCAUCGCUUUUCUAUCAACGGACAUUUUUACAACUACAAAACCUCUAUAUUCACUCCAUCAUUUGACACUUCAACUAAAGUUCGCAUCUCCAGCAGGAUGACCACAGGCCAAGUCAUCGAACAGCUGCUAAACAAGUUCAAGAUAGAAAAUGAUCCCCAGGAGUUUGCGUUGUACUGCGUUCACCAAAGUGGAGAAAAAAGAAAGCUGAGUCACAGGGAUCAUCCACUUUGGGAACGAAUCCUGCAGGGUCCCUCUGAUGACAUCAUGAAGAUCUUCCUGAUGGACAUGCAUGAAGAAGAAAUCAGCAAUGUUGUUGCUCAGUAUCUGAACUUGGAGCUACCCAUCUUGGAUCAGUUUCUGCUCAAACUCAGAGAGGAGGAAAACAGAGAGAUUCAAAGGGUCAUCAACAAGUACCAACACCAGCACAGACUGCUGUCCCAUAUGCUGAGCUUUAAGAUAGCCGUUAUCUACUCCCGCAGCAUGUCGGCAACGUCCAUCUGCCCCCGACCUAGUUGUGGCGCGCUGGAGUCGCGAGUGCUAUACGGGGUGAGCCACCAGAAAAUAGUGAAAAAGGACUUUGCAGAGAUGUGGCUGAGCCUGGCCACCAUCAAAGACGCCAUAUGGACCUCCAGGAACUUGCUGCAAGAAGAGAAACAUCCAGAGCUGCAGGAGCUCAAGGACACAGGCACAAAGAAGAAUCGCCUGCGCCUCUUUGGACGAAGGAGCCGGUGCUCCACGGACAGAGGUCCCAGCAUCGGCUGGCUCUCCGAGUGA